GAGAAGGUGUCACCUCAACACAUCAGUCCCACCGAGCAAGAGGUUCCAGUGAUCCGCAAUGAAUAUCUCUUUCAAUGACAGCCAGUAUGACGUUGAGUACUACGAUGAAGUGUGUGAAAAAGCUGAGGUGGUCAUGUUUGGAUCCAUGGUCAUUCCUGUGUUCUUCUCUGUUGUGAUCGUACUGAGCCUCAUAGGAAACAUCCUUGUCCUUGUCAUUUUGGGGCUGUAUGAAAACCUCAAGUCUCUCACCAACAUCUUCAUCCUGAACCUGGCCAUUUCUGACCUUGUUUUCACCAUCGGUCUUCCCUUUUGGGCAAUUUACCACAUCUGGGGAUGGCUGUUUUCAGAGGCCCUCUGCAAAAUUGUGACAUUUGUCUUCUUCACUGGGUUUUACAGCAGCAUCCUCUGCCUUACCAUCAUGACCAUCUACAGGUAUUUGGCCGUGGUUCACCCUCUGUCUGACCUGAGAACCCUGAGGAUCAGCACCGGGGUUUAUAUGUCUUUCCUUCUGUGGGUAAUCAGCGUCGGAGCAGCCGUACCCUCCCUCUUUUAUAGCGCCCUGAUUCAGGUCCCCCACAAAGGUGAACACUCGGUGGGCUGUGAAUAUGAAUCUUUGAUUUGGAAAAACAUUGGUUUCUCCCCAGAGAAUGUUAUAUUCUUGGUCACCUUCACAGUCAUGGCUUUCUGCUACAUUCAAAUACUGAGGAGAAUCUCCAAAUCAAGAUCCCACACAAAGAACAGAGCCGUGAAGUUGGUGUUCUGCAUCGCGACUGUGUUCUUCCUCGGCUGGGUGCCGUACAAUGUGAUCAUCUUUCUGAGGAUCCUGUCCGACAAUAUGGUUAAGCCAUUUGACAAAUGUGAAGCAAGUAUCAAUCUUUCCUAUGCCUUCUAUGUGUGCCGACUCAUUGCUUUCUCCCACUGCUGCCUGAACCCUGUCUUUUACGCGUUUGUUGGUGUGAAGUUUAGGAGUCAUUUGAAGUCAAUGCUGCAUCGCAUAUUCAUUUGCCAAAGUUCAGCCGAAGAACAACAGGGUCGAAUGCAAAACUUCUCACGUGGAUCAAUGUACUAGUUUCUGUUUGAGUUCAUUUCCAUUCCAUUAUUGCAUUAACUGCAGCAUUAUACUGCCAUAAAGCAUGACAGAUUUUAGGGUACAUUUGGUAAAAAUACAUGGAAAAGUGGUUCAAAUGUUGACGUUCGUAGCAAACUCGAAUAUCACAAACCCGUUUUCUGUGUGUCUACACAUAACCACUGCCCCUAAUGUGGUUUGUAACAUAGAUGUGUUUGUGAGGGAAUUUAAUGGAGGCCCUUCUUCGUUGGCACAUGAAAAAUAUUGUUCAUUAGUGGCAAUAGAAGUGAAGCCAUUAUAGCAAACAUAUGUUCACAAUGCAAAAUGAGUUAUUAUGAUGAUGUUGGUUAGGAGUUUUCACUUAUUAUUGUAAUGGUUGAUAGUGUAAAUAAUAUACAAUGUGUCAUUGCAUACAACAGCUACAGUAACCGUUUGUUUUCCAUAUAUUAUUAAUAUGUAAGAGGUUUGUAUACAAUGCUUUUGUUGAUAUGUGUGGUGUAUUAAAUCUGGAGAUAUAUCAGGGCAGAUACUCUCUGAGGUCAGAGGUAGGUUGGGUGGAAGAAGAGUGAAAAACAACAUCUGGAAUACGUUAAAGAUGCCCUAGGUCACCGAGUGGGGCAUACAAAGUUAUGGCCUAGGUGGUUUAGUAAAUCAGUUCAUAUACAGUUGUUUACUCCCUGAGGUCAUAGAGAGUGCAGAGAGUGAUGUGGUACGACUGGAGGUUGUAGAACAAAUCUCUGGACAACGUCAGAAGACCUCUAGGGAUGAGUAAGACAAAGACUAACGUAUAUCUCACCUUAUGUGGGUACACAUCCUCAUAGAACAUCCAGUUUGACACACACACACACACACACACACACCCAUAUUUCUCCUAUAAAGUGUAUGCACAAAGACUGUUCGGAGGACUUCCACAUUUGGCCCUGGGAAGCUCACAUCGCCCGUGUUGGUAUCUGUUACUUUGCUGUUGUAAUAAACCUUAUUAUAUACAA